GUCUCGUGCGCUUUGCUUCCCAGGCACCAGCUCAGCGCAAGCCAUACAACACAACAUGCAUCCCCAGCUCGAAUUACGCGUCUGCCGCCUCCCCCUCCUCCCUCCCCGGCGCGCGCCUCGUCUCCCUCUGUAUGCUAGCUCCUCCCGAUCUUUUCACCAUGGCGGCCCGCACGCUUCAUUCCCGCUUCUUUAACCAACCCUUAUAUACCCGUCUCCACCCCUCUCCAUCUCAUGACACCUAUAGCUUGCUCUCCUCGCGGCACAAGUUACAGGGCGCACGCACACACACAAAUCGAGACGCACACUUCAUCAUCAUCAGUUGCUUGGGGAAGGGGAGGCACACACCUGCGUGCACCAUAUAGAUAGGUAGGUGUGCAUAGGUGCACUGCAGCUGAAUUCGGCACAUGUCAGUAGGUGCCCAGAUAGAUGGUCGUGCCCUAAGGGUUCAUGGCUGAGCAGCAGCCGCCGCCCCCGUCGUCGUCAUCGCCGCCGGCUCCUCAUUCUCCUUCCCCAACGGUGCAAGUGCAAGCGGGGCUGCCAGCGAGCCACCAGGCUUCGGGUUCGGGUCCCGCCUCGCCUCAUUCUCCUUCUCCGGUGGUGCAGGCCAGCGACGGGACGGCGACGGCGGCGGCGGGGGUAGUUGCCACGGCCCCGGCGAUGGCCACCGCGACGAGCUCCGGGGAGCCGUCGCCGCGGUCGUCCGGGAAGCACGCGUUCUACCGCGGCAUCCGGUGCAGGAGCGGCAAGUGGGUGUCGGAGAUCCGGGAGCCCCGCAAGGCCCGCCGCAUAUGGCUCGGCACGUACCCGACGGCCGAGAUGGCCGCGGCGGCCUACGACGUGGCGGCGCGCGCGUUGCGCGGGGCCGACGCCGUGCUCAACUUCCCCGGCGCGAUCGCUUCGCGCCAGGCGCCAGCGUCCGCGUCCCCCGCGGACAUACGCGCCGCGGCGGCCGCCGCCGCUGCCGCGGCGCAGCUUGAGCACCCGCAGGGUGGCGAGGCUGCUGCCACCGCCAAUCCUCCCGCCGCCGCACAGGACCGGCACCACCAGCACCACGGCAUGAGCAGCGCCACGGCCGACGCGGCGGGCGGCUACACGCCGCAGCAGGGAAUCGACAGUGGCGAGUUCAUGGACGAAGAGGCGAUCUUCGAGAUGCCGCAGCUCCUGCGGAACAUGGCGGCGGGGAUGAUGAUGAGCCCGCCGAGGCUGAGCCCCGACACCUCCGACGAGUCGCCGGACCCGUCGGAGGCCGGGGAGAGCCUCUGGAGCUACCAUGACCCGUAGACCGCAUUGCUCGCUCAAUAGCACACCUAGCCCAUGGCCUUGGCCUAGUGUGGUAAUAAUACAAAUUAUAGUGAACUAGUACAACCGGUAGCGAACCAGAAUUGAUUAUGGCAACAACAACAGGAGAACCAGGAGGUACAUACAUGGACCCCGGCCGGUGCUGCGCAGCGUCCUCUACUUAUCUGGUAAUAUAAGUGUAUGCCAUAAGCGUAGUGUGACAUGCUCGAUCGCUAGUAAGAGUACUAGUUAAUUACCAGAGCAUCCAUGUGCUAGUGUACUACCCUUUCAAAUUUUACAAUUUUCUAUUUCUCACUUUGUUCAGUAUUCAUUUCCUAUUGCUGCUUUAUUUCAAGUGAUUCGGCAAGAUUGAGCAAAGUCCAAUUGUUGAUGCAAUUGGCGUAUUUCCAGUUUUGGUGUAAGAUCAAGCUAGCACAUGUUUUUGAUGUGCCAAGUGGAUCGUAGGGGGGACGCAACUAUAUCAAUAUAUGUGCGGGUGUCAUUGCGUCUGUAGACAAGAAAAAAAAUAUUUGUGAUAUAUGGUCCCAUGGAUAAGAAAA